AUAGCCAACGCAGCAGAGUAUUCAUUUCCUCACAAGGCCUCUCUCUGCUAGAGCAACUAAGGAAGAGAGAAAGCUGGAAGCUUGCAGUUGUGAAAAUCAAAGAGAAUUGAGAAAAAUGGGUGAUCAUGGUGACUUAGAAGCAAGCUCUACACCCAUAACACCGAGACCAAAUUCCAUGGCUCACACCCCGCAAAGCUCCGCCCCCAUCACGCCUCGACAGAUGUCCAUGGCUCCCUCGCCAUACAUAACUUCAGCACCUCACUCACAGUUUCAUUCUCCGUCGAUGUCCCGGUCCCCGCUGCUCUCGACUCCGGACCAUCCUGUUCCGUCCAAGACUCCCACGGCUAAAACGCCUAGCAGGACGCCUAAUUUCAUCUCCAGGAAUAUUACCCCGCGCUUCUUGACUCCUCUGGGAAGCCCUCUGAGGAAAGCGCUGCACUUGACGAAACUCAACCCGCAGGACGCCUGGCUCCCCAUCACCGAGUCGCGAAAUGGGAACGCGUACUAUGCGGGCUUUCAUACUCUUUGCUCUGGUAUUGGAAUCCAGGCCCUUGUGCUCCCUGUUGCCUUCACUAUCCUUGGUUGGGCAUGGGGAGUCAUACUCUUAUCAAUAGCGUUCGUAUGGCAACUUUACACCCUAUACUUGCUAGUCGAACUCCACGAAGAUUUGGACAAAGGUGUUCGCUACAGCAGAUAUAUGCAAUUGGCAGCUGCUACUUUCGGGGAAAAGAUGAGCAAGUUAGUAGCCUUAUUCCCGAUCGGAUACCUAUCGAUGGGUACGUGUGUUGCACUGGUGAUCAUCGGAGGAUCCACAUGCAAAACAUUUUACCAAAUAGUAUGUGGUCCGACGUGCACCAGCAAGCCCUUAACCCCGGCUGAAUGGUAUCUGGUUUUCACAAGUGUGGCUGUAGUCCUGUCCCAGCUUCCAAACUUGAACUCUAUAGCCGGGGUGUCCCUCGUCGGUGCCAUCACAGCCGUCGGAUACUCUACUUUCAUCUGGACUGUGUCUGUGUCCGAAGGCAGAAUUCCCGGGGUCGGUUAUAACCCCGUCCUCACUGGCUCACAGAUUGAGAAGAUCUUCUCCAUUCUUAAUGCUGUUGGUAUCAUUGCUUUUGCCUUCAGGGGUCACAACCUCAUUCUCGAAAUUCAGGCUACCAUGCCCUCAGAUGAGAAGCAUCCAUCGCGUGUGCCAAUGUGGAAAGGAGUUAGAGUUUCAUAUACUAUUAUAGCAUUGUGCUUGUUCCCUCUGGCAAUUGGUGGCUACUGGGCCUAUGGACAAUUGAUUCCAACCUCAAAUGGAGGAAUCCUAACAGCUCUGUACGUGUUCCAUGGAAAAGACACAGCGCGAUGGCUUCUGGGGAUGAUCAGUUUAUUCGUGAUCAUAAAUGCCCUGAGCUCCUUCCAAAUCUACGCCAUGCCUAUGUUUGAUGACUUGGAGUCCACCUACACGACACGCUUCAAGAAGCCUUGCCCGUGGUGGCUACGUGCCAUCCUCCGCGCCAUCUUUGGCUACUUCUGCUUCUUCAUAGCCGUGGCAAUGCCCUUUGUCGCCAGUUUUGCGGGUCUAAUUGGAGGUAUCUCAUUGCCUGUCACUCUGGCUUACCCCUGUUUCAUGUGGCUUAAGAUCAAGAAGCCCAAGGCCUACGGUUUCGUGUGGUGGCUCAACUGGUUCUUGGGCAUCUUCGGAAUCUGCUUAAGUGCAUUGCUGGUGGCUGCUAGUCUCUACGUUGUCAUCGACACUGGUGUUGAAUACAGCUUCUUCAAGCCUACUUAAUUGUUUCUUAAGCGUGUAUGAUCAGCUGGUAUUUUAUUCUUCGGUUGCACUAAUGUAAAAUAGCGAGUUUGAUAUC